GUAGAUGUGUGUCCAGGGAGGCAGUGAAGACCAGCCCAGAUCAAGAUGUCGGCCACCACCAGCAGCCUCACCAUCUCAGCAGCUGGUCCUGCCCUGCCCUCCUGGGUGUUGGAGGAGAAGGAGGCCGCCAGGAUCGCCCACCGUCGCCGCCUGCUAGAGGAAAGGGCCGUCAGGAUUCACCAGCCCAGGAUCACCUCCAUAGCGGUGGACGUGGCAUCAUUGUCGCAACAGGUGGAAGAACGCCGGCGUCAGGAGGAGGACGCCAGGCGCACCCAGCAAGAGUUUGAACGUCUGGCAGCCACGCAGGACAGAGCCGCACUUCUCCUACAGCACCAGGAAAACAAGGCUCGUGAGGGUCGUCGGCAAGAGCUAGUGCAGUACUGGCGUGAAGAGCAACGACCAGAGAGACGCAGGGAGUACGACCUUAACUCUCACGACCACCUCACCUCCACCCUGUACCAGCUGAGGUUUGACGGGGAGGACUUGGGUUUUGGUGAACGUGUGAAACAGCAGCAGGAACAGACGAAGGCGUGGCUCUGGCAGCAGCAGGAGGACCAACGCCAACGUCUUCUGCAGGAGAAAGAGAGGGAGAGGAUGGAGCAGCUGGAGGUGGCGGAGGUGGACGAGAGGGCGAGGAAACUGACCGAGGCCGAAGAGCUGUGCCGACGGGCCGAGCAGCUGGCCAUCGACCAAUACAACCAGACUCUGACUCGAGAGCGUGAAAGUGCCAAGGCUGCCGAACGCCAGGCGGACCUGAAGGCCGAGGAGCAGGAGCUGAGGAAUGCCAUCCUUGGCACCUUCCUGACGGAGGACCCAAGGAUGGCCCGCAGCGCCCUCGGCCCCCACCGAGUGAUCACCGACAGGUGGAAAGGUAUGACCCCGGAGCAAAGGCGAGAGAUAGAGGAGACGCGUGUUCAACAAGUAGCUGAGAGGAAGCGUCGGGAGGAGAAGGAGCAGCGGGAGGCUCGGUCGUGGGAAGACUUGGCAACUCGGGCAGAUCGAGCUGCCCUUCUGCUGGCCCACCACGAAGACCUUCAUACUAGGAACCGGGAGGCGACGCUGACGGCGACCAACACCCGCCUGGCGGAGGAACAGCGGCAGGAGCGUCUACGACUCGACACUCUGAUGACCACCAACGUCCCCACUCAGGAAUACUACAGCCAGUUCGGUGUCUACCCUCGCUAGUGACCCACCCGGCAAAAACCACACUAAUGCAGGAAUGACCAGCACUGAUUGGUCAAUUCUCAUCAUGAUAUAGGGGCGGUAUGGAUACAGCACACCGAAGAACUAACCUAACCUAACCUAACCAAAAGUACAUUCUCUUGGUUUUUUGUCAUACACUAUCA